UCAGACGCAUGCGCACACAGUUCUUCCUGUGCGGACGAUACAAAUACAAACAAACUUUAAAAUUAGAAAACAACCCAAUUAAUUGAAUUCAUUGACUCUCUUACUGAGAUCGUAAAUGACAGUGAUUGCAAAAUUAUUAUUUAAUAUGAUUUAAAUAAUUAUUAUCAAAACUGUGUUAAUGAAGUCAUUGAAAUGGCGACAUCAGCUGGAUUUUCAAUCGCGACUUCGCCACCAGAAGUGAUUAGCGGGGCUUCAAGUCCAAGUAAAGCAGGGAGAUUAAAUAAUUCUCGCAAACCACCUACAGCUGCUCAGUUACUUGAGCAGAUAAGACAGUUAGAGGCUGAAGGACAUAAGCUGAGGUCUGAGGCUGCUGGAUCAGGAUCACUGAAUUUCAGUACUCUUGCGGAUCUGAAUUUAUCAAACAAUAACACAUCAGAGCUUCCAAAAUUUACAUCAACAUCACCAUCAUCACUGUCAGCAUUAGUAGAUUACUCUGCCGAGCAGAAAACUAUCUCUGACCUCAGGUUACAGCUUGAAAGGCAGCGUAAAGAGACAGAAAAAUUAAAUACUCAAUUGAUCAGUGAUGGAUUUUCCACUAGUACAUCUCGUGCUGGAACUGUCCUUCAUAUGCCCAGUAGUCCUUCCAAAACUGGUUUCUCCACAUUGCCAUCAACAGAAUUGUUUAGCUCCCGGAGACCAGCUAGUGUGACAGGAGCCAUAGGUCAUAUGGAGACCACACCUCCGUCUCAUUUGGAAAAAGCUUUAAAAGAUUCACAAGAACAAGUGACUGAUCUACGUCGAAGACUGGUUGAGGCUAAUGAGCAGAGUGAAUCAGAGAAACGUCAGUUCAGACUAACAGUCGAGGAAUUAAAAGCCAAACUUCAUGAUACAAUGGCUAACAGAGAUUCCCUGUUAGAACUAAGACAAAAAGAGUCAGUUAGUUUAGAAAGUAAAGUUUCAGAGCAGAAUUCUACAAUCAGAGAUUUACAACACAAACUGAAGGUACAGGAACAGACACUAGCUGAGACUAGCAAGAAGGCUGAUGGUAUAUCUAGAGAGAAUUUUGUAUCGGAGACAACGUUGAACCAGGUCCGUAUAAUCCUCGUAGAUGCGGAGAGACGUAGAGGCAAGCCAUACUUCGAGUCUGAUCCAGCAUCCAGUCAAACACCGUCCAUGCUCGUACAUACUUUAGAGAGAUGUAUACAAGAAUUACUCAAAGAUAUUGAAAUCAAGAAGUGUAAACUCAAUGAGCUGGAGCGUGAUGUAUCUGAGAUGAAGUCAAGUCAAACAAGUGAUCACCAGAAUAUAUCACAUGAAUACCAACAAAAUGAAGAUGAAACGGUGACUUUGUGCAAGCGAAUAACACAGAUGACAGUAGAUCAUGAGAGACAGAUGCAGCUAGCAAAUGAGAGAGCCAGUAAUGCUAGAAAACAGUCAGCUACUCUAGAAUCACAACUCUCUGUUAUACAAGGUCAACAUGACCAACAGCUGAAGCUAAAAGAGGAAAAUAUCCAAGAUUUAGAGAACAAAAUUAAACAUUUGAGAGAAGAACUAAGUGAAGAAAGAGACAAAUAUAACUCUAAGAGAGGAUCACUAGAGCAGGCUUUACAUGGUACAGAGAAGGAGAUGAACAAACUGAGGACUGAGAGAGAUGAGGCAAUAAGAAACCACUCUAACAUGGACUCUAAAAUUGCUGAAUUACAGUUAACCAUUAAUAAACUUAAUCGUGAGCUUGAGACUGAAAAGGAGACUUCUGGGAAAUUCUGGGAGCGUGAAAGUCAGUUACGAUCAAAACAAUCUGAACUAGAGACUCGACUUGGUGAGAAGACAAGAGAUGUUGAUAGACUGGAGAACAUGCUAGCAUCAGUUAAACAAGAGUGUAAUGCCACUGUUAGUGAAAAGGUAUCAUUAAUUGAAAGACAAGAACGAGAAAGACAUAUGGAGAAAAUAAGCAGUCUUACGUCACAGCUUAGUGAAGUCAGUGAAAAGUGUAAUAAAAUAUCACUAGAACUUGACAACAAGAAGGCUGAAAAUCAGGAGCUGAAGCAACAAUCUAGAGAGUUCAGUGAUAGAUAUGAUACGACAAAGGUUCAAUUUGAGGCAACUAGAGCAGAGAAAAAACAUUUAACUGAUAUGUUGACAGCAAAAUCUUCUGAUUUUGAUAGAGUGUCACAGGAACGAGAUUAUUAUUUUAAUAUCAUGGAACAGAAAAACAAUGAGUUAUCUCAGUUAAAGGCUGAAAGAGAAAGGUUAACUAUUCAUUUAGAGGAAAAGGAGAAAAAUAUAGCCAUGUUACAAGAGCAGUGUAAUGAGUUAAAACAUAUGGUAGAGUCUGUGUCAAGAACUAGUGAGAGUUUACGAGAGGAGAGAGAUGUUUUAAUGAAACAGUUACAAGAAACUACAGCUGCCUUAGAGGAGCUGAAGUCAACUAGGGACACCAUGGCAAAGAAAAUGAAGAUAAGAGAGAAAAGAGUGAAGGAAUUAGAGACUGAGAAACAGAAAAGCUGUCAGGAAAUCGAGCUGAGAAAUCAAGAGUUGGGUAUAAUACAACAAGAGAAAGAAACUUUAUUCAAGGAAUUAAAGGAGAGCAGAUAUGAGGUUGUAGGCCUAUCUGAAGAAAGGGACACAUUAAAGAAAGAUCUGGAGGGACAGAAAUAUCAGUUAGAGAAAACUAUAAACAAGCUUCAAUACAGACUUAAAGGUGCAGAGCAGGAUUUGGCUUUAGCACAGAAAGCAUUACGUAAACGAGAGUCUGUGGACAAUAGUGCUGUAAAAACAGCUGAUAAACUACAGAAAGAAGUGACGUCUAAACGUAGUCUAGUUGAUACACUACAGUCAAAGAUACGCUGGUUCCAGGACCAAAUAGAUACCUUACUGAAGUUGCCACAUUGGUAUGAAGUUAUAAAAUUUUUUGAUGAAUGGACGUAUUCAUUUUCUUGCCAGUAUGUAGCUAUAGAGAGUGUGUUGAAGAAAAUAGGGAAAGAUAAGGCCGUAUUAAGGAAUGCCACAACACAAGCUCAGGUGGAAAUGUUUGAGCAGGAAAUGACACGAAUGAAACUAGCUCAUAAAUUGGAAGUUAAGGAAGCAGUACAGAAAGCUGCCAGUCAACAUGUAGACAAGCUGGAGUCCAAACAGAGGACCAGUCAAGGGCAACCUCACGAUACGGAACCAGUCCAAUCACAAGGAUAUUCAAAGUAUGAAAGUCAUUCAACCAGUCAGCCUCGUUCUGGUACAGUUCAGCACCAAGGGAAUUCAAACAUGAGACCAGACCAAAUGGCACAGCAAGAUAGACUUCAAGCUCAGAAAUCCGGUGAAAACUACAAAGAAAUUGGAUCAGAAUUGAAGCUAUUGUUAAAUGAGAUGAGAAACAUGAUAACUGACAGACAAGACACAAAUCAAGGGAAUGAUAAACGUGGGCAUGACAAAAUGAAAGAUAGGGAGAGUCAGCGAGGCAGUACAGCACCCUCUACAAGACAUAGAGACAUUAGAGGUAGAGAUAUCAAACUGACCAACAAAUCUCGUCCUAAACUGAAGACUGCCGACAUAUUUCCAGUUGAAAUGAAGAAGGCAUUUACACAUUACAGAGUACCUCCAGCACCAUCAGACAUCAGUUACUAUAGUGAUGCUGAGGUAGAUGAUAGAAUACACAACAGGUCAAGGUCACAGACUGGUACAUAUGCACUCUACUCCCCUGAACUAAAAGAGAAAAGCACGAGAUCUCGAGGUCGCCAUAGGAGAAGUAGGUCAGCGGAGGCGUCGUAUAUGUUACCUAAAGACUCGAGUACAUGGACAGAUAGUGAUUAUAGAACAUCUGAUUAUUCCCCUACAGCUCCAGAGUCAGAUAUUACUGAUACUAACACGUCUAGAGCCCUGACAUCUGACAUAGAGACUUCCUCCUUUACUCAAGAUCUUUUAGAAUCUGACUUAAUUACCUCCCUUUCUGUUGGCUCUCCUGUAAUGGAGAGUACUAAAGAGGAUCCAUCUCCACCAAGUAAAUCAAUACCAGAUACACAACUUCUCUGCAAGCGUCUGGAGGAGAAGAUCAUCAGCCUUACACGUAUGGGAGAUAAUCUACAAAAAGAAAAUAAAGAGAUGGCAGAUCUGAUGAAAACACAGGGCAAAAAGUUGAAGAAAGUUAAAGAAAAUGAGAAAAAAUACCGUAAAACACCAAGAUAAUAGUGCGUCUUGCUUAGGUUUUAACUUGAACAAAUCAAAAUUGAUGCCAGAUCUUUGUCAUACAGAACGUUGCAUUUAUAUAACCCAGAAUAUGUAAAUCAUGUAGAAAUUAAUUGUCUUAUCAACAUUUAUGAUAAAAAUAUAGUUAUUAGAGAUAGUACCAGUCCCUGGAUUUAUUGUGAACAUAUAAAUGUGAGUCUUGCCUUAGUCUAUUUUUGUAGUCUGAUCACAUUUCCGGAGUUUAAACCUUAUGGUGUGAUUGUGAAAACAGAACGUGUUGUCUGUUAUAUAACCUCAUGGAAGUCAGAAAUUGCUGUAUAUAUGUCUUUUCCAUAUAUCUAUUUCCACACAUGAUCUGGGGAAAAAACACCUAACUUUGCAUUGAGGAAACUAACGGGGGUAAUUGUGACUAGAAUAUCUAAGCAUCAAUGUUGUUGUUUUUUACUACUUUAACUGUGUUGCAGAGUUAUGACUCUUAAAGCUGUUUAGCUUUAUCUACAUGAUAAACAACUUAUAUAUAAGCCGAUUACAUA